CCUUGGAUUCCAGAACAGGACUUGCCCCGCUGUCUGAAACAUACAGGACACUGCACCACGAGAGCCAUUGACAAAAGGCUUUUUUGAAGGACAUAUCUUAAUUCAAUUUCACUGCCUUUUGGUUUAUAAUUUUCCCACUGAAAAAGGCAUGAAGAUUUUCUUCUGAAGUUUUUAUCUUUGAACAAGCCUGAACACUUUCAUAAGGAUGAAGUACUACCAGGACCCAGUCUGCCAGUCCAUGGGCAUCAAGGCUUAUGGCCCCAAAGAGUCCAGCAGCUCUUCUUGCACCCACUCUUCUCCACAGAUCAAACCAGUCCGCAGCGUCCACUUCCCCAACGACAUUGUGUUCCAGGACUACGUCCGGCAGGGCGAGCUGGACAGGAUCGGACUCUUCAUCCGAAAGAGGAGGGUCAGCUUGGAAACCAUAUACCACUCUGGUAUGGCAGCGAUCCAUGAGGCUGUCCUCUCUGGGAACCUGGAGUGUGUGAAGCUGCUGGUGAAGCACGGAGCAGACAUCCACCAGAGAGACGAGGAGGGCUGGACACCUCUCCACAUGGCCUGCAGCGACGGAUUCCCUGACAUUGCCAAGUACCUGCUUUCUGUUGGCGCCGACCCUCAGGCGGAAAACGAGUGUGGGGAGACACCUGCCGAUCUCAUCGACCCAGAGUGCACGGGGGUUCGGGAGCUGCAGGGGCUGCUUGGGGUGGAGGACGACUGAGCUCUCCUCCUCAUCUAACCUUAAAACUCCACUGAAUCUUCAGUCUCCUUCCUCGCCCAGGCCUCCCGGUUGCCCCUCGACAAUGGAAUUAAAUGGACAGAUCGGUAGAACAUUGUCAUUCUGUGCCCUCCCUCCCUCCCUUGUAGAGGUCCUGGAGACAUAUAUCUGGUCUGGUGGGAGGAAGGCGGCCAGCCAACAGUAGAUGGUUGCCUUUGAGAGUGAACUGAACUGUUGCUGGAAAGGGGCUCCUCUCAGGCAAUCAGCAGGCAUCGCUUUGUAAUGCUGUUUGUUUGCAGGUGCAGAAGUUUGAGCUUUUGUACUUUUUUCAUACAGGGUGAAUGCAGCACUGAAAUUAAUUAGAUAGCAGUCUGGUAAUGAGCUUUUCGAAGUACUUUAUAUAGUUGAUGUGUGAAAGCUUUUUUUGGAAGUUGUGAAACAUGGAUCUGUCGUUGUCCUCUGACUCAUAGGGCCAUUCUGAAAUGGGGCCCACCGCAGUAAACCAAUGUGAUAGGUCAACUAUACCUACUGACAGCAUUUAUAGUUCAAGAUUUGUCAUUUACAUCUUACAACUUUUCAAUUUGAAAAACAAAGACCCUGCAUAUGUACCACAUGAAUAUGUACCCUGCAUAUACUGUAUGUACUCUAAAAUGUACCACAUUGUUGUUAGUCUAACACUUUAUCUCUAUACAUUUGCAAACACCACUGGAAUGACUAAUUGUGUGUUUACAAUUGCUUUUACAAUCAUUUAUAACUGAAACCAUGUGCAAUCAAUUGUGGUUACACCGCUUUAUA